CUUAGACAGUUGCCGCUGCUGCUGCUGCCGCUGCUACCGCUGCUGCUGUUGCAGCCACUGCAACUAUCAUUGCUACAAGUGCUAUUGCUGCUGUCAUUGCUGCUGCUACAACGACAAAAAAUCAAAACGAAACCCCAACAAGCAACGCCGCCUCCUCCUCCUCCUCCCCCGCCCAUUAUCACCUCCACACUCACCCCCUCCUCCGCACCCUCUCCAACCACCCCCAUUCCGCCUCCACAGACCGCCCCGGCAGCACCCCCCAAGUCUCCGCUCCACCAACUGGCACCACAACAACAUAAACAACACCAAUUAUCCGAUAACCGAUCCCAACAGAAACGUCAACAACGCCGCCAGGCUCCGCCACCGCCCACCUCACAACGGCAAAUUAGCAAUCAGACCUCACCGAAGUAUCAACAACAACAACAAAACCAAGACCAUAAACAACAACAAAAACAAAAACCACAACCUCUGCAAGAUUUGCAUAACAAUAAAAACAGCAAAAUUAUCGAAACUCAAAAUCAUCACACCCGACCCCACCCCAAUCCCCAUCACAACAGCCAGACCAAUCACAUCCCCACCACCACCACCACCGAGCCACAACAUAUCAACCAUCAAAAUCACAACCACCAUAACAUCCAGCAAUCGGCAUCCCAAGUACAAAGACACCACACGCCAGCUAGUACCACUGACACCAUUAUUUCAGACACACCCACACGUAGUAGCGGCCUGGAAAGCUUUCAGCUCCUACAACCUUCCCCUACGGGCCAACAGCACCUCCUCACUUCCCCCACAACACCCAUUACUGGGUCACCACAUUUACUCUAUCACCAUCAACCUUCACCUUUACCAUCUGCCACUUCGUCAGCUGGAGACUUCCCACCCAACGGCACCGCCACCGGGGUCGCCAGUACCUCCCCGCCCAAUCAUAACAACAACAAGAAUAGCAAAAAUAAAAACAAUAACAAUAACAAUAACAACAACAACAAUAACAAUAACAAAAAAUUAUCGGGAUCAACUACCUCUGUUACUGCUACAACACCAACCGUAACAAUAACAACAACAAACCAAAAACACCCCCAACCUAUCUAUCACCACCCUCAACGCCCUCCUCAACCCAACCAUUCCCACUUAAAUUUACAACAAACAAAUAAAGUAGGUCCCCCUGUUCAAAGUUUAACUUCCGGAUCCAUCAAGGACGCGAGAACUCAAAAGACAUCUACGACAACAGGACACAUAUGUAGCGGUAGUUAUGAUAUGUGUUCAAUGGGAAAGAGUAGGUCUCUGAACCGAAAACUACCCUCAAAACCAUCUUUGGACGACGAUAUUACGGUUCUGGAAGAAAUCCCGGUGGUAGCCCUACCGCGUAAGGACGAAUCAUCCAAGAGAGUCACCAUUUCAACCCCAAAGGCGUUUGACACAUCAAAUAAAAGGAUUCUGCUAAGAAACUAUGUGAUGGUGCGUGCUGAUGCUACCAGCCGUACUGAUGCGUGUUGAUGUCUGCCAGC